UGUUCGGCGUGACGUGCCGUCAGAUGCAAAUGCGAAUCGUGGAAUCCUCGUGAAUUCUCUCGUUGGAUAAUAACUGCGUCGUGAUCGAGUGGAUUUCUAGUUAAGUUUCAAUCCCAAAAUAAUCCGGGUUCUUUGACUUCAAUUUCUGUCGAGCGUCUAUCGUGUCGAAGCUUUAAGUAGUAGUUAUAAGUGCGGGGUAUUUUAGUGGUGGUUUUCCUUGUUUUAGAAUCUAUUGAAAAUACAUUUGUGCUUGUUGUUAUCACUUCAUUGGAUCUUAUCGCCGGAUGAUUGGAUUUUAUUCUCCUUGGUGUUUCUUUAUUCAAUGAAACUGACUGCUCUUCAGAUUGAGAGGCUGAGGUUGCUUGGGAGGGGCUAAUGGUCCGGGACCGGGACAGCAAUGAGUGUUGUUGCUGUUCAUGGCGACAUUUAACCGGGCGGAGUGGACCGGCAAGAGGGACCGGGAGUGGCGGGAAGCAGCCUCGCAAGACUAUGCGCACGGCCACCAGGCACCACGGGCACCUCAACGGAAAACCCAAAACCAACGGACACAUCCAUACAAACGGGAGUGCGAUUCACCACAACUUCCCUCACCGCUGGGCCAACGGUAAUGCAGUCAGACCGGACGACAAAACAUCAACAUUAUCCAGGUACUGGACGGUAGAGAGAGCCAAAGCGCUUGCAGCGGUAAAUUACCAUGCAGUUCGGAGGGCCUGCAGAGAAAAAGGAAUCCUUUUUGAGGACCCCGACUUUCCGCCUGGCAUGCGCGCACUCUACCGAAACAAAAAGCCAUCUCUGCAACCCAUCGUAUGGAUGCGACCACAUGAAAUGUGUCAGCGACCUAGGUUCUUCUCGGAAGGUGAUAGGAAAUUUGACGUGGAGCCUGGGGAGUUGGGCGAUCCGUGGUUUUUGGCAGCGAUAUCAACUCUCUCGCUGACUCCUCGACUUCUGGACAGGGUGGUACCGCCCGAUCAAUCCUUCGAUGCCGGUACCACCUACUGCGGAAUGUUUAGGUUUCGGUUCUGGCAUUUCGGUGAGUGGAAGGAAAUCCUAGUGGAUGACCGAUUGCCCACCUACAGAGGUCGUCUAGUCUAUUUACAUUCUACCAACCGCACCGAGUUUUGGGCCCCUCUUCUAGAAAAAGCUUAUGCCAAAUUGUACGGGUGUUACGAGAGUUUAUCAAAAGGCGGGUGCACGACCCGAGCGCUGCAGGAUUUGACCGGUGGAAUAGUACAAAGCUUCUCCCUUAGUAAUCAGGAUCGUCUCCUAACUUUUCAAGUGCUCAACAGUGCAGUGCCUAGAUCCAGUAUUCUAGUCGCUUGCAUAAAUUUGGAAAAGGAUAGCAAACGUCAACUAAGGUUGAGGAACGGGUUGCUGACGCAACACGCUUACAGUGUAACGGGUUUAGCACGAGUCCGGGGUCCCAUGGGUGAGACCCCUCUAGUCCGAUUGAGGAAUCCGUGGAGACGGGGGGAGUGGUCCGGCCCGUGGAGCGAGAGGAGCUGGGAGUGGGAUGGCCUCUCCGACAGAGAUAAGGAGCUCCUUAGUGUCCGCGUCCGAAAUGAUGGAGAAUUUUGGAUGUCCUUCGAGGAUUUUGCCCGCCAUUUUACUCACUUAGAUUUAGUUCAUAUCGGUCCAGACGACUGGAUGAUUGAGCCGGCGUUGCAUUCGAAGCAACCGUGGCGAGCAGUCUUGGCCAGGAGAAGAUGGAGAAGCGGAUACAACGCCGGUGGAGGACCUAGCUAUCCAGAAACGACGUCCAUGAAUCCUCAAUUCCAUAUACAAAUACCACGAUCGUCUAGUAAUAAAUGCCAUGUUGUUGUCUCCGUUACUCAGUAUUAUGAAACAAUUCCUGAAUCAAAGAAAAAGAGGCCUUUGCACGCAAUUGGAUUCGCCGUUUACGAAAUCCCGCACUCAAUGCCAAGACUGACCCAAAACUUUGUAGUAGAUCAAAAACCCUUAGAUGUAACGAAUCACUCAGUGGCACGAGAAGUUGUAACAUUCUUCACUUUGCCGCCAGGAGAUUAUAUAGUCGUACCUCAAACAAACGUACCAAACUGUGAUGCCAAAUUUUUAUUAAGAAUAUUUACCGAUGAACAAAGUAAUAUCUGGGAAGUUAAUGAAGAUAAUAUGUUAUUUAGGAAUAUAUCUGCUGAAUUUUUAGAAGACUCUGUUAUUUUGCCCGAUGGUAAAUCGCUGACGGCAAAACUUUUGUUGAAGUAUCCUCCCGAAGUUGACGUUGCUCAGCUUCAGAAAAUCUUGAAAACUCAUUGGAAAGCGUAUUUAGCAGAAAAACCUAGUUUAGAGUUAUGUAAAAGUCUCAUCAUGCUUCGGGACACAAAUAUCUGCGGAAGGAUCAACAUUCUUGAUAUUCCAGUUUUAAUGCAUAUGCUUCAAUUCUGGCGGAUAGCGUUCCAAAAGUUUGAUAAAACGAACAGCGCGUGUAAAACUUCUAGUUAUAAUCUGCGACCACUGUUAUGGGAAGCCGGGAGCACAGUCAGCAACAAAGUUCUCGAAUGCCUCGUCCUCAGGUUCACGCGCAACACAAUUCUUUCCUCCGAAUGUUUCGUCAUGGCGAUGGUCCGAUUACAUCUCGCACACGAGCGAUACCACAGUUUGGAUACCAAAAUGAAGGGCAAUCCUAUUUCUCUAGAAGAGAUGAUUCUAAUGACCAUCUACUCAUGACAGAAGCCGUUCGAUUCAAACUACACCAAAGAUUUAUUGUAUGGAUGCGAAGCAUUCUUAGUCACGUUUUCCUCUUGUAGAUAAUUUAUUUUUGUAUUCGUUCCGUCAUUAUUUAUUCGCAAAGUUGUUGUUUUCGAAACAUGAAAUGUUUAUAUAAAACUUUGCCCAAGUUGUAAGCUAAAAUAUACAAUUUCUUUGUUUCUUAUAUUUA